AUGUUUUCAAGAUCAGUAAAUGUACAGUACACAGUAUUACUUUUCACCAUUAUUCAGAGUAUACCAGGUGUGUGGUGUGCCUAUAAGGUGACCUACCCGUUAACAGAGGUCUGCGGCCUGAGGGGGGCGCCAGUGGUGCUACCGUGUACCUUUACCUUCUCCUGGAUAGGGCACUACAGAGGGGGAGGAUGGUACCUGGCCAACAACAACAGGGUCAGCAGACACCGUUAUUCGUCGACCUAUCCUAAUGACUGCAGCUUGAGGAUCGACAAGGUGUCAGAACGGCACACAGCAAGAUAUCGCUUUUGGUUUUACACCAGCUCGCGUGACUGGAUGACCAACAAAUAUGCUGUUACAUUAUCAAUUACAGAUCUGCAUCUGACAGCAGACCGCAGCACAGCCACAGAGGGUGAGAGUGUGGCGCUGACCUGCGGCACCACCUGCCCUCUGAGCUCCAGCCUCUCCACCUUCGUCUUCGUCUGGCUCAGGAAUGGCCGUCAGCUGCCGCUUCCUGCCGCGACCUCUACCCACAAGGUCAAGGACAAUCGGCUGCUGCUGGAGCCGGUGAGCAGCGAGGAUGCCGGCCGCUACUCCUGUGCUGUCAAGGGCCAAGAGAACAUCUUAUCUUCUACGCUGGACCUCAAGAUCAAAUAUGCACCAAAGAAUCUCACGGUGUUGGCCACUCCCUCUAGACUAGUGGAGGGCGAUGUGGUGACUCUGUCCUGCAGCAGUGAUGCCAACCCACCGGUGCACACCUACACCUGGCACACGAUCACGUCUGCCCUAACGUCUGGUAAUGACAGUGUCCAACUGGGGACAGGAGUGACGUACACCAUCAGUAAUGUCACAACUGAUCACAGCGACCGCUAUUACUGCGAAGCCAAGAAUGACAUCGGACGCAAUCGCACAGACGUGGUACACCUCAACGUGCUCUACUUUCCAAAGAACACGUCGGUAUCUGCCAGCAUGUCCGGUGCUCUCCCAGAGGGCACUCCUGUGACUCUGUCCUGCAGCAGUGAUGCCAACCCAGCAGUGCACACCUACACCUGGUACACGAGGAGCGGUAACGAGUCUCUCGUUAGGGCCAAAGGCCACAGCAUCAGCUUCAAUGUCACCUCGGACACCAGUGGACUUUACCACUGUCAGGCCACCAAUGACAUCUCCUCAAGUAAUUCAACUACUGUUGAAAUCACUGUUGUGGAACGGGAGAAGUUUUCAGUCCUGAGAGUCGAGGUCAUUUUGACGAUAAUACUGACGGCCAUCGGCCUGCUUAUCAUGCUAGGAGUUGUUUGGCUCAGAAUUAGACAGAAGAGACAACACCAUGCUGAACCAGAGGCGAAAGACGUUAUCGUAGAGGAUGACGACGACAACGCCGUGUACGCUGACAUCUCCACAGUAGCCAUGAGGGCUGCAUUGAAGUCACCAGAGGACUAUAAUGCACCAGAGGAUGACGUGCAGUACGCCAGCAUUGACUUCAGUGCCUACAAUACGGCCAAAGAUGCUUCUGAGCACUCAGACAUUCGGCAACACAGAGGAGAGGAGCUGGAGGUGGAGUACGCCUCAGUCAAGUUCUCCCAGACCACUACUGCCACCCGAUCUGAGGACAGCUCUGCCAUCUACAGCACAGUGGUGAAACACAGUCAGAAGACGUGAGCUCUGUUCUUAAAGGUGGGGUUGCAGGUUAACCAUCUUAAGAAAAUGUACUAUUAUGACAUCACGUUGGGGGUUCCACAGGCUCUAUAAGCAGAGAGAGUGGAGAGAGAGAGGUUCCAUUGGCCCAUUGUUUCCGGGUUCUAUUAUUGGGGGGGGGAAUCCCCCUUUAGGCAGACCUAGGCAGACCUGAGGACUGUUCUAUUCAAUGCUAGGAGCAUUAUGACACGGCCCUUUAGGCAGACCGGAACCUGGUCAUGUUAGGUGCCCAUAGAAACCUAUUAUGUUGGCAUAUCUCUAUACUUAAAGAAUCUCUGCUAUAAGUCUAUAGAAAACUGGGAGAGUCCCCCCCACGUGAUGUCAUACCUGCAACCCCACCUGUCCUGAACCAGAGCGACAAGAGAGAGUGGUCUGCAGAUCCUCUUCAUCAUCACUUGUAAAUGUGUAAAGCUUGGUCUAUUUAACUGAAAUACAACACGUGUUCUCAAGCAAUAGCCUAGGACUACCUUUUGUUUGUUGAUUUAAUUCUGUAUAUGAUAUUAUAUAUCGUUGCUUGUAAUAUAAUCAUGAUUGUGUUUUUUUUUUAUCAUUCUUAUUUUGUGUUUUUGUUGUUAUUAUUAAAUAACUCAGGAAAUGGUAAUGUGCUGAACAUGAUAUGCAUACAUUCUUUACAUCUGUUUUGGAUUAUUUAUUAUUUUGUUGUAAAAAAAAAACAUUGUACAAACACGAAUAAAUAUAUAGGCUACUGUCAAGAAAAUUUGACAAUUUCGUAUACAAUUGCAAUGAACAGAUACCGACAAGAGUAGUAAGGUACAGUAAGAGGAGCGUUUCUCAGAGAACGAGCUCUGUCCAACAGUAACUCGGGCCAUUUGUGAAGUCUUUACGAGAAAAACAGAAAAAAAUCAACUUUGAGCCUCGUGGGGCCUUUACGAAUAGCCUCGUUUCUCGUGGUUGGGCGACGAAAGGCGGAAUUGACAAUUGGGGUAGUUUGGUUCUGGGGGGAAGAAUAAUGCGGACGGACGUCAACAAUCAACGAGCUCUGUCUCAUAGCGAACCAAUCUUGACUCUCACCUGGUUUAGCAAAAGCAAGAGUAUUGGUUUCAUAAUUGACAUCAUAGAUGACAGUUGCAAAACAUACUGUAACACUUCCUAUUUCUAACAGUGUAUGUGCCGUCUGGUCUCAAGAUCCUCAUUUUCACUUCAGCAUUCUGAAAGAUAUUCCUCUGGACUAUUGAACUUUCUGUAGAACUCAUGACUUUCACAGAGCUGCACAACAGACGUUUUUACAGAUAAUAACAAUUUUAAAAUUAUGGAUUUAUAAUUAUUCUUACAGCUACUCAUGUGCAAUAAUUUACUUUACGUUGAUAUACAUUACUUGAA